GCUAUAGGAACCAAUCACACCGACGAACGGUGUGACAGGGGGUGUGGCUAAGCAUCCAAGCAGCACAGGAGGGACCCUGAUCGCUGGGAGUCCGCUGUCUGGGCAAUUCCCCGGCCCUGGGGCAGAUAGAGCAGCGCUGUUACCUCGGGGGCGCCUGCACGUGAUGGGCAGAACCACAGGUGGUCUGCGGAAUGUGUGACGCAGCGUCCUGGCUGCUGGUGACGACGCAACCAUGAGCGACCGCAGUGUGCCCUAUGUGGGGGUCACCGUGGAACCGGCCACCACUACUCCAACCUACAACGGCACCAAAGGGGUGGAUACCGGUGGCACAUCCACUAUGGGCACUUGGCUUCUCUCCCUUGGCAUCGUGACUGUGAUUGGACUAGCUGUUGCCAUGGUUCUGUACAUCAGAAAGCAGAAGAGGCUCGAGAAGCUGCGCCACCAGCUGAUGCCCAUGUAUAACUUUGAUGCAGCUGAGGAACAGGAAGAUUUGGAGCAAGAACUGCUGGAGCCAAACCGAGAUCUGCAGCCCCAGGGAAAGGUCCUUCUCACCAGCCUGUGCCCGCUGCAGAGACCCACCCGCCUGGUUUUCACCGACGUUGCCAACGCCAUCAGCGCUUGAGGAGGAUUCCGUGUUCCACAGGGUGACGUCUAUCACUGGGCGGGAUCCGUGUCACUGUGACUCACCGUGUUUUCUGUGUCACCGUGCCCUGGGAGAUAACCACGGGAUGGGAGUGCGGGCUGCCCCCUGCCGGCUCCAGUAAUGUCACAUUGCUCCGCACACAGGUAACCUCCUGGGCCUGUGAUCAGGAAAACAUGAUAUCCUGGACUGUACGCCAACGGCUGUGAUUCCCUGAGACCUAACUACAGUAUACUUCUGUACAGCAAUGGCUGUGAUUCCCUGAGACCUAACUACAGUAUACUUCUGUACAGCAACGGCUGUGAUUCCCUGAGACCUAACUACAGUAUACUUCUGUACAGCAACGGCUGUGAUUCCCUGAGACCUAACUAUACUUCUGUACAGCAACGGCUGUGAUUCCCUGAGACCUAACUAUACUUCUGUACAGCAACGGCUGUGAUUCCCUGAGACCUAACUAUACUUCUGUACAGCAACGGCUGUGAUUCCCUGAGACCUAACUAUACUUCUGUACAGCAACGGCUGUGAUUCCCUGAGACCUAACUACAGUAUACUUCUGUACAGCAACGGCUGUGAUUCCCUGAGACCUAACUACAGUAUACUUCUGUACAGCAACGGCUGUGAUUCCCUGAGAUCUAACUACAGUAUACUUCUGUACAGCAACGGCUGUGAUUCCCUGAGACCUAACUACAGUAUACUUCUGUACAGCAACGGCUGUGAUUCCCUGAGACCUAACUAUACUUCUGUACACCAACGGCUGUGAUUCCCUGAGACCUAACUAUACUUCUGUACAGCAACGGCUGUGAUUCCCUGAGACCUAACUAUACUUCUGUACAGCAACGGCUGUGAUUCCCUGAGAUCUAACUACAGUAUACUUCUGUACAGCAACGGCUGUGAUUCCCUGAGAUCUAACUACAGUAUACUUCUGUACACCAACGGCUGUGAUUCCCUGAGACCUAACUAUACUUCUGUACAGCAACGGCUGUGAUUCCCUGAGACCUAAGUAUACUUCUGUACAGCUAGCAUCACACGUGCCGUGUUAGAAGACGUACACAGCGUCAUAUGGUAUAGUGUUGGGAGACUUACACAGCGUCACACGAUUCCUUACCAGGGACCUGCACAGCGUCACACCGUAUAGUGUUGGGAGACUUACACAGCGUCACACGGUUCUGUACCAGGGGUCCGGCACAGCGUCACACUGUAUAGUGUUGGGAGACUUACACAGCGUCACACGGUUCUGUACCCGGGAAUACGGCACAGCGUCACACCGUAUAGUGUUGGGAGACUUACACAGCGUCACACGGUUCUGUACCAGGGGUCCGGCACAGCGUCACACUGUAUAGUGUUGGGAGACUUACACAGCGUCACACGGUUCUGUACCAGGGACCUGCACAGCGUCACACUGUAUAGUGUUGGGAGACUUACACAGCGUCACACGGUUCUGUACCAGGGGUACGGCACAGCGUCACACUGUAUAGUGUUGGGAGACUUACACAGCGUCACACGGUUCUGUACCAGGGGUACGGCACAGCGUCACACUGUAUAGUGUUGGGAGACUUACACAGCGUCACACGGUUCUGUACCAGGGGUACGGCACAGCGUCACACUGUAUAGUGUUGGGAGACUUACACAGCGUCAUACGGUUCUGUACCAGGGGUACGGCACAGCGUCACACUGUAUAGUGUUGGGAGACUUACACAGCGUCACACGGUUCCAUACCAGGGACCUGCACAGCGUCGCACAAUGCUGUACCAUUGUACCCGCCCUACAUUUCCUUCCCAGCAGAAGGACUUUGGGGAUCUAGUCUCCCCUUUAUCCCGGGACGUGGCACUUGCACUUUGUCCGAGCGGUAUUGGUGAGAGCGACGUAACCAAGGAACACGCACAGUGCCACAAGUUACUAUCGCCGCGCCACUCCUGAUUCAUCUAAGAUUAAAGAGCGAAGUUUUAGGAGAACACCAAAGCCUUUGAAUUGAACGAAGCCGGUGGUUCUAACGAGGCUGCAGGCUGGCCUUCCAUGUGACGUUUUUACGGUUUCCCCUGUGCGUGUUUUUCGUAGCGCCCGAUAACCUUCAAAUUUUGGUGCAGUCGGCAUGACGGCUCUGUAUGUGAAGACUGUGAUCACCGAGAGAUGUAGUUGCCGCACAGUUACAAGCACUUGCACGCACAACGAUACGAUGCAGCCGUACACGACGCGCUACUGCCGCACAUUGCUGCCUGUAUAGUUCCGCAGCAGCACACCGCGCCCGGUACUCUGUAUAAGCCUGGAUUAAUGCUGCCUGUGAGGUGUUCUGCACACAACCGGCUCUGCUAGGACCUGGUCACACCGCUGAACGCUGACUCCCUUUUCUGCAUACGCCCCUCUGUCUGGCCUGUGGUGGCCCCACAGCAGUGCACAGGACUGACGCAGCUGUCACUUGUCCCCUGUCACAUGACUCUUUACGUUGGUCGGUCUGUUAGGACACAGCAGAAAAGUAAAUAUUGGUUUAACUCCUUCAUCACUGCGGGACUGCUGUGUAGCCAAGGGUAAGACCGUCUGCCUGUCCCGCUCCCCUGGCAGCGCGGAUUUCUGCUGUUUAUUGGAAGAAUAAUUAUUUAUUUGUUUGGAACUUCAUUAAAAUUCCUGAAACCCCACA